AUGGCCAGCUCUUUCGACGUCGCAGUGGUGGGUGCAGGCCUAGGAGCUUUUCAUGCCGCAGAGGAACUGGCGAAGAGCAAAAAUACCAAGGUGGCCUUCAUUUAUGGCUACACCUUUCAGGAGUGGGUAAUGGCCGCGGCCAUCUUCUUGAACAACCCAGAUGAGCACCAGAAGUGGACCUGCGGUGUUCCAGAGAAGUGGAAGCAGAAGUGGCCAAAUGUCCAAUACUUUCUGAGCUCUGUGGAGAGCAUUGACUGCGACAAGAAAGAGAUCAAGCUAAUGAACAAAGGGCCAGAUGCAGGAGCCGUGAUUUCCUACAAAGCGGUGAUCCUUGCCACAGGAAGCAAAAGCCCGUUGCUCACCCCGGCUCCAGGUAUGUCAUUGACAGAACGGGUCGCAGAGGUGCGGGCUUGCGGACAGGCUCUGAAGAGUGCAAAGACUGUAGUCUUCAAUGGUUCUGGCCUGGUCGGCGUAGAAAUGUGCGGAGACUUCCGGAUCCAAAAUGGAUAUGGCGCGAAGGUGAUCUUACUGUCGCGUUCCGGCAAAGUCCUCGACAGCGACUUUGGCGACAAAGCUCACACGCCCGAUGCUGGCGUGGUGACGAAGGUGACGAACAUCCUGAAGGACAAGUUCCAAGUAGAUGUGAAACAGGGAUCUGUGUCAGAUCCCAAAUUCUCAGAUCCAAUCCUCUCACCCGGCACCCUAAAGCUGGAUGACGGUAGCACUUUGGACUUUGAUGUCUACAUCCCUUGCUAUCCUUUAGGCCCCAACACUAGCUCCUUGGUCUCUUCCAAGUCGGACUUACUGGAUCCGAGAGGUGCUCUGGUCACCAACGAGUGUCUCCAGUCCACCGCGCACCCAGAGGUCUUCGGCGUGGGGAUUACCACCAUCAAGCUCUUUGGUCAUCCUGUUUCCUCUCGCAUCACAGCGGCGAGUCAACACUGUGCCCGUCAGGCUGCUGCUGUCAUUGAAGGGAAGCAGCCACAAGUCUUCAAGGACAAGGGAGCGCCACCCCCCAUGUCACACCCGAUGAAUGUGAAGAUUGGUCAUGGCCCUGGUGGCUACAUGAUUUGGACAAGCCUUCCCGGACCUGCCAAGGUCUGCUGCUGUCAGUGUUGCAAUGGCGGCUACCCCUGUUGUCCACCUCCUUGCUGCUGGUGCUGCAUCCCUGGAUGUUCUGGUGCCUGCGGCACAUGUGGAUCACCACCAGAAGGGGAGGGGCCAGCCAAAUUGAUGAUCCACCUGUUGGCAAAGUUUCCUCCCGCCCAUGGCUUCAAAGGUUUGGGGGAUUAUGGCGCAGAAGUACCGACACAGGCCAAGAUGACCUGA